UCUUAGACUCUUACUGGCAGUUUGCCGGGGCUCAAGAAGACAUCUUGCCCGUUAGCAAAGCUUCUCCUCUCUCUCUCCGACUAACUGUCUCGCCUCCUUCCUAGAAUUCCCCUCUCCCAGAGUUACCUACCGUCUGUGUAGUACCGGGUACAAAGUACACAAGACACAACACUUCGCUCACUCCCUACUCCUCUCCUUUAUCGCCUGUGUUUCGUCGGUCGCAUGGCCCCCUUCAUCCUUCUCCCGAAAUAGAACCACUCCGUUUGGUUCCUCCGUUUGGCCUGUACCUCGUUUUUACCCUUCAAUUCAAACCCACUCCCGUCUCCUUUCUUUUAGCCGCGGAUCGCUGGCUCAUCCUCCUUCUAUCCUCUCGUUUAUCGUUCCUUCUUCCCCAUCCCCCACUUGGCAAACAACUGUUCCGCCAUCCUUGUCCCUAUCAGGGUAGAAUAAUCAAUCAAUCACCCAACCUUUCCCUCGUUUAACACCCAAACCGUCGUCACUCACCCCCAUCAAGCUGCCACAUUCCAUCAUUGUUUCCUCUUACAAGUGUGAGCGGCCAUCGGAGGGUGUCUAGUUUAAACAUGGCCUCCAACGACGACAAUUUAAAGACGGACAGUCUGCGACUUGGAGAUAACAACGAGCAUUCAGUCCCUACCACCGCUGUGCACUCCCAAGAAUCCAAUGUGCAAUCAGCCUCCACUCCUGCUUCAGCCCCAGAAUCGGCAGCGAACCCGCUUACUCCUGGCCAUCAUGAAAGUACCCCCAACCAACAUAUAGUGACCGAGACGUCCGACGCACAGCCUCUCGCCGGUGGCGAAAGCGCUUCUCCACCCCAACCACCAAGUGAUGCGAAUACUCUCCCGACUCUCAAUGCAUCCGCCGCUGAGUCCGGGGCCUCGGCCCCUGAGGCGCCCUCGGUGGAGCAGCCAUCGCAGGAAUCUGACGCGAAGGAGGAAGACCAGGGCCCGUCGCUCUUGAUUACAUUGCUUUUGACAUCAGGUUCGCGGCAUCCGUUCAAGAUCGAUGGAAAGUAUCUCCAAACGCGGUCAGUGAAUGUGGAAAACAACGAUCCUUUUGCUAUGAGCGUAUACACGCUCAAGGAGUUGAUCUGGAGGGAAUGGCGACAAGAUUGGGAACCGCAACCAUCAUCCCCGAGUUACAUUCGGCUGAUCUCGUUUGGUAAAUUGCUCGACGAUAAAGCGCCUCUAUCAGACUCCAAAUUCAGCCGUGAUGCCCCCAAUGUGGUGCACAUGACAGUCAAACCCCAGGAACUUGUCGAUGAGGAGGACGCCAAAGGCUCUAAGCCACAAUACCCGCGGGAACGUGAAGCCAGUGAACGCAGCCCGGGGUGUCGCUGCAUAAUCCAAUAAAUUCAUUGGCUCUUGUAUUUGCACAUACCAAUGAUGGGGAUUGCACGCUUACCCAGCUCCGACGUAACCCAGCCUUCCGGUUCGGACAAUGCACGUCUGUGGUCUAUUAAAUAUCGCAAGAGGUCUUGUCUAAUUGGUAUACUCUUGGGCGCGAUGGACUCGUUAUGCUCAUACCCCCAUCUGUCUAUCUUGUUUUGGGUUUUCCCUCUUUCAUUUGUGAGCGCUUUGGCAUGGCCAUCGCUCUGUGGCCUUGAUGCGGGAUAUCUACUUGGCCACUUGUGACCGUAAACAGGGACGGCGUUCCGGUUAUUAGUAUUUGCUCUUCCAGCACUGAGGCAUUUGUGUGGUAUUCCUAGUGUGUUCUGGUUCUAUGGUUUUCAUUUGUUUGCAUAACCACUUGAGUUGCUCGACGCUGCUCUUGCCCUUCACCCCGUUCGUAUAUACCCUAUUUCUUUGAUCCUCCAAGCUGUUGUUCGUCAGCAUGUGUCUACAUAUUAGCAGAUUCUUCAUAUUCUUUUUUCAUAUUCUUUUUCAUAACUAAGCACAAUACUGGUUUUUCCAACC